CAUUUGUCUACCUUUAUAUCUUUCAGGUUAUACAGCAAUAGAAAGCACGAGUUACCUUGAUGAUUACAUGGAAAGCUACCUUGAAAAGAAUCACUACACAGGUGCAGCUCUGGGAGUGGCAAGGGGCAAUCUGUUGGUGUAUGCCAAAGGCUAUGGGACAACCACCAAAGGUGAAUCCAUGGACCCAACAAAAUUGCUUCCAGUAUCAAGUAUCUCAAAGACAAUUACUGCAGUAGCCAUCCUGAGGCUUGUACAGGAUGGAAAACUAAGUCUUGAGGACAGAGUCUUUGGAGGUGGAGGUCUUCUAGAGUCCUUGAAGCCAUGGAAGGGAUCAACAGAUCACAGGUUGGACAAGAUCACUGUGGAACAUCUCCUGCACCACACAGCAGGAUGGAGUCAGCAGAAGCCUCCACUAUAUGACCCAUUAAUGAAUGAGGUCUAUCUGGCCAGGGGGCACAAUGUCCUCAAUAUCAGCAAAGAGAUGAAGCUGUUUAGAGAACUUACGCAGAAGGAUAUCACCCAGUUCAUGAUGGGAAGAAAACUUGACCAUGCACCUGGUACAACCUAUGAAUACUCUAACCUAGGAUACUGCAUCUUGGGCCAGAUUGUUGCAGAGGUCUCAUGGAUGAGUUAUGAGGACUAUGUAACAAAGCAUGUCUUGGAACCUUUGGGAAUGUGGCAGACAAGAUUGAUGCCUUUUGGCGAAUCUGAACCUGAAGAAAAUAUCUACAGUAUUGCAUUUCCAGAUGGAGAAAUACCUUUCAUGGGUUACUCCAAUGCCAAAAGUCCUUCAUACUCACUUAUAAAUUCUUCCUUGGGAUGGUAUUCUACUGUCUUUGACAUCAUGAGAUUCACAACAGGUUUGGCAGAUGGAACGUUGUUGACUAGACGUACUUAUCAAUAUCUGCUGACUCCUCCAUCAUCUCCCAUGUUUGAGCACCAGGAGACAUGGCCAGGUAUGGGAGUGAGGGUAUCUAAUACAGGGUCGUGGUGGCAGGUGGCAGAUCCUCACGACAAUGAGAUCAUUAUCUUUAACCAGGCAACACCAUUGGCUCAAACCAAACCGAAGGACAUGGAUGUAGAGUCAAUGAGCUGGGUACUCAUCAUGUCCUCAAAUAACAGGAAAAACCUGAGGCUGUUCAAUGAAAUAUUCUCUUCCAUCAACUGGCCAUUCAGGAAUAUGUUCUUAGAUGACUGUGGUCUAUCCACAUUGGACACGGCAAACGAUCCUCAAGCAGUUCUGUUGCAGGCUAGAAUAUCAGAGAAUCAGUUUCCAAUAUAUCUCAAUGCUUUAUCAAGGACCAGCUUUUAUCCGACAUGGAUCAAUUCAUACAAUUUUAAUGGUGAAACAUUUAUGGGUGUGGUGUCCACCCGUCAGGAAAUCGGCGAUAAAACUGCAGUUGUGUCCGAUUUACUAAUAACAGAAUUAAAAUCAAAGGCUGAUGAAUUUUCUUCUCAGGGAUUGCAGAUGUCAUUCAUCAACAGUUACAGCAGUAGUCACCAUCAAGGACACAUCAUGCAAGCAGCUAUUUUCACAUCAACAACAGAUAGGACAUUACUUUCAGGUUUCCACAAAUCCUACGAGCAUUACUUACACAGUUUAGACAAGCACAAGGAACAAGGAUACCUGCCCGUGGUGCAGAGUGUUUCCUCAAGACACGGGACACCACUGGUGAGUUUUAUUUUUGAGAAGCGGGAUAGUACCAACUGGAACUCAUAUACCAACCUCACCCUUCACCAACUAGAUGGUGUGGUGAGGUCCAAUGCUCUUCUAGAUAGAACUUUACACUACUUAGACUCCUAUCAUCAUGAAGGGACACUAUUCUUUUCAGCCAUAUUUCUGGAUGAAGGACUCCACACGUGGCACUUCCAGGCCACCUUGAGUGAGAUAGAAUUUCAAGAUACUGCAAAAACUUACACAAGUCUAGGUUACCAUUCUGCAGUCAUCACAGGAUAUGAACACGAUGAUGUAUUAAAUUAUGCUGUACUUUGGGUAAAAAUAUAAUUUAUUGUCAUACAGUAUUCUCCUUUUGUAGGACUUGAGUUUAAGUUAUUAUGAAUUUUUGAUUAAGGUUAAAUGAGUAAUUUAUUGCCAUUUAAUGAAGUGUCAGUAAGAAUAGAAUCUAUUGGAAUUUUGGAUUUAUUGAAUGUGUUGAUGAAUCUUCCACUGUAACAAUAACAUUUCACAUGUUGAUCAAAUGUAUUGCCAUGUGCCCUUAUGAUUAAUUGAAAUUAACAGUAACUAUGGAAAGCCAGUGACAACAUAAUUCAUUGUUUUAAAGGCCAAUGCACUGUCAAGAGGGACUCUCAGUUACAAAAAUUACACAAGUCAAAAAACUGGUAGCUUCAGAAUCCUAUAAAACGAAGCUGAACACUGGCCCAUAGGGUUGAUUUUUUAUAGAUUACAUGGAUUUUUAAGGUACAACAAUCUGUAUGAUCAAGCGCUAUGACGAGUGUUAAGGGACACAGAUAAGAUUAAAUUAUCAAUAUAUGCAUGCCCAAUAAAUUUUGGACUGAGCAAUCACAGAUCAGAUAUUAAUCAGAAUCUUCCUUCCUCUUUGCUUUCCAAAGCCUCCUAUUGGCAGUGUAUAGGCCUUUGAGAUGAUUAUUUAUGACAAUGCUGGCUUUCCAUAGUUGAGAUUGUUGUGAAUUCAUUUUAGAUCUCUAAAAGACACAUAAAAGCCCUGCGAUAUAAUUUAGAUACAAUAAAUGAAUAUCUAUGAUUAAACAUUUUUGCAUGAUUUUACAAUCGAUUUUAAAAACUUAGUAUAGUCAUUGACCUGGGUAUGGACCAUUGCAUAGUAAACUUUCAGGCUGAAUUCACAACAGAAUUUGUAAAAAAUCAUGGUGUAAAGUUUGAUAAAACCAUCAAUUAAAAAAUACUAAUGUUCUCAUAUA